AUGCAACUCCAUUUGAGGGCGAUAUUGUCCGCUGCCUUGCUGGUAUCAUCAGCGUUUGCAGCUACAAUUUCUCAGGACACUACAACCCGAGGAACGAUUGCAGCCAUUGUUGGAAACACCGAAGUGAACCAAGGUGUAUACUGGUCUAUUAUCAAUAAUGCUAUCACCAACUUCUUGGGUAGUCUUCAAGUUGAUGGUCAGCUUUUCAUUAGUAGUAACUCGAACUUGAUUGGGUUGACUGUUGAAUUACUUGGAGUUCUCAACUCUAUCACAAAUAAUGGUGAUAUUUCCUUCGAUUCAUCGAAAUCACUUUUGGCACCAAAUUACAACUUGGUGGGAUUGCUGUUUACCAAUAAUGGUAACAUGUGGUUGUCGGGAGAUGGAAGUGUUGGCACACCAGUUAUGUCCAUUACGUCUGCUUCGUGGCAAAAUAAUGGUCUUAUUGUCUUCUCUCAGAGAGUGUUGUCGAGUGGAUUUGUGACAUUGGGUGCCGCUGCUGGUUCAAUCACAAACGCUGGAACUAUCUGUUUGAUCAAUGAAGUUUACGACCAAACCACCGCUAUUUCAGGUAGUGGAUGUUUCAACAUCGGUGUUGACAGUAAUGUUUGGAUUCAAAACUCCCUUUUAUCAGUUGAUCCAAACCAAACGUUUUAUUUGAGUUCACCCUCCUCCAGUAUGAGAGUCGAGGCAUUGUCCUUGAGACAAACCUUCAAAGUUGCAGGCUUUGGAGAUGGUAACAUCUUGGGACUCAGUCUUCCAAUCACUAGCUGGAAUUAUAAUGCAGCCACCGGUAUCUUGACGUUGUCCAAUUUACUUUUAUCACAAAGAUUCAAUAUCGGUCUCGGAUACAGCCUGUCUAAUUUCGAGGUGAUUACAACGGACUUCGGAGGUGUUCUUACCACUGUCAUUAACGGAGGAAUUAGAUACAACGGUCCAGCUCCAGCACAAGCCACUCAACCAACUGCUUGUUCUCCAUGUCUUCCUCAGCCCACGCCACCUGGAAUUGACGAUGUAUCAUCAUCUGUUGUAUCGUCGUCUGCUGCUUCAUCAUCUGCUGCUUCUUCGUCUGCUCCUGCUUCGUCGUCUGCUGCUGCUUCGUCAUCUGCUCCUGCUUCGUCGUCUGCUGCUGCUUCGUCAUCUGCUCCUGCUUCGUCGUCUGCUGCUGCUUCGUCAUCUGCUCCUGCUUCGUCGUCUGCUGCUGCUUCGUCAUCUGCUCCAUCGUCGUCUGCUGCUGCUUCGUCAUCUGCUCCUGCUUCGUCGUCUGCUGCUGCUUCGUCAUCUGCUCCAUCGUCGUCUGCUGCUGCUUCGUCAUCUGCUCCUGCUUCGUCGUCUGCUGCUGCUUCGUCAUCUGCUCCAUCGUCGUCUGCUGCUGCUUCGUCAUCUGCUCCUGCUUCGUCGUCUGCUGCUGCUUCGUCUGCUGCCCCAUCGUCGUCUGCUGCUGCUUCGUCAUCUGCUGCUGCUUCGUCGUCUGCUGCUGAGUCUUCAUCUGCUCCUGCUUCGUCAGCCGCAUCUUCUGCACCUUCAUCCUCAGCAGCUUCGUCGUCAGCAGCAUCGGGAUGUGUUGGUUGCACUGAGUUCCCAACGACAUUCGUCACCACCAACACCGAUGGUUCCGUUUCCACUGAGACCGGAAACUAUGUUAUAACCACCGACCCCGCUGGUCUGUCGACAACUUACACCACUGACAUUGGCCCAAUCUGCCCACUGUGCACCCUGAUCCCAACUACCUUCGUCACCACCAACACCGAUGGUUCAGUCUCCACCGAAACAGGUAAUUAUAUUGUUACCACCAACUCGGGUGGUUCGUUGACCACUUACACCACUGACAUUGGCCCAAUCUGCCCACUGUGUACGCUGAUCCCAACUACCUUCGUGACUACCAACACCGACGGUUCAGUCUCCACCGAAACAGGUAACUAUAUUGUUACCACCAACUCGGGUGGUUCGUUGACCACUUACACCACUGACAUUGGACCAAUCUGCCCACUGUGUACAGAGAUACCAACUACCUUUGUGACCACUAACACCGAUGGUUCAGUCUCUACUGAAACUGGAGAAUACGUGGUAACCACUGACUCGGCUGGUCUGUUGACCACUUACACCACUGACAUUGGACCAAUCUGCCCAUUGUGUACUCUGAUCCCAACGACUUUCGUCACCACCAACACUGAUGGUUCCGUUUCCACUGAAACAGGAAACUACAUUGUUACCACCAACUCCGGUGGUUCGUUGACCACAUACACCACCGACAUUGGCCCAAUAUGUCCACAGUGUACUGACUUCCCAACUACUUUCGUCACCACAAAGCCAGAUGGCUCUGUUGCUACUGAAACUGGCGAGGUGAUCGUUACCACUGACUCCGCUGGACACUUGACCACUUACACCACUGACAUUGGACCAGUGUGCCCACAAUGCACUGAUUUCCCAACCACUUUCGUCACCACAAAGCCAGACGGUUCUGUUGCUACUGAGACUGGUGAGGUCAUUGUCACUACCGAUUCUGCUGGACACUUGACGACUUACACCACUGACGUGGGUCCUCUCUGUCCAAAGUGUACCGAGUUCCCAACCACCUUUGUGACCACAAAGCCUGAUGGUUCUGUUGCUACUGAAACUGGUGAGGUGAUCGUUACCACUGACUCCGCUGGACACUUGACCACUUACACCACCGACGUGGGUCCAGUCUGCCAUGUGUGUACCGAGUACACCACGGUUUGCCCUGCUUCCACUGGAACAGGACACGAGACAAGUAAGGUGAUCGUGACGACCUCUAAGGGUGAAACGAUAACAACUACUGUUCCUUGCGAUACCGUGGAGGACAUAAGUACCACUGUUGUUACAAUCACCAGCUGCAAGGACAACAAGUGUACUGCUGUUCCUGUGACCACUGGUUUGACAACCGUGACAAAGGCACACUACGUGUACACCACCUACUGUCCUUUGCCUACUGGAUCCAACUCAGGAUCUAACUCAGGAUCUAACCCAGGAUCUGGUUCCAACUCGGGAUCUGGUUCCAACUCGGGAUCUGGUUCUAACCCAGGAUCUGGCUCUAACUCUGGUUUCAACCCAGGAUCAGGAUCCAACUCUGGUUCUGGUUCUGGCUCUGGACCAGCAGCUCCAGCAGGCUCUGGAUCUGGAUCUACUCCUGGAUCCACCCCCGGCUCAGGUUCUGUGGCAGGUUCUGUAACCUCCCCUGCCGCUUCUGCCGGUCUGGGAACGUCAUCUUCGGCAACUGUUGCGGCUCAAUCCGUCACUGUAGCUGAAGGCGCUGCCUCAAUUUCAUCACCAUUCUCCUUCGUGUUUGCCACUAUGCUCUUCUUUGGCAUGUUAUUCUAA